AUCCUCCUCCGCACCUCACCGAGAACCCUAACGUGAUGCCCCGACCAGCGCCUCGCGUGGAUCUUUCUCCGUGGCUCCGUUUGCUCGAGGUGUUCGUGGGGGAGAGAAUAGGUCGCUGCUUGGGGAGCUUCCAGGGAGAGGGAGGCGGCACCCAAUGCGGCUCGAUCCGGAUUGGUCUGCGCGGCGAUUUGGCUCGGGUUGUGCACUGCCUCGGUGAAUCCCGCCUCGUUGACCCGUGCUGCUGCUGCCGCCUCAGAAAGGUAAACAUGUCGUCCAACGCUUCUGGGAGUUCAAGUCAUUAUUCCAUAGAGGUAUUCACUAGUCAAACACAGCGUCGUACAAGGUCUAAUGUUUGGGAACACUUUGAGCCAAAUCUUGUGAAAGUGGAUGGUGAACUAAAGGCUAUUUGCAAGUAUUGUGGAAUACAUCUAAACACAAAAUCAGGCACAAGCAGUUUAAGAGGUCACAUUGCAAAUGCUUGCCCAGCAAUCCCUAGUCCUAUCAGACAAAAAUUUCAGGCCACCCUCAGCAAGCAACCAUCAUCUGAGCUUCCUUUUGUAUUUGACCCACAACUUUGUCGUAAAGAGAUGAUUAAGUAUAUCAUCCAUGCUGAGAUUCCAUUCCUGAAGUUUGAAGACCCUUACCUCCAGCCAUGGCUAAGGACCUUGCAACCAACUUUUAAAGUUAGGGGUCGUCAAACAAUUCGUGACGACUGCUUGAAGAAGAAUGCAGAGAUGAAAAAGGAGCUUAGCUGAACUUCGGAGUUUGGAUUCUCGUGUUUGCUUGACAUCUGAUAUUUGGACAUCAUCACAAGAAUUAGGAUAUAUGGUAGUCACUGCACACUACAUUGAUGCAGCGUUCAAGGUCAAGAAAAAGAUUAUUUGGUUCAAGAAAAUGUAGAUCAGAUUGGUACUCGUGUGGAAUUUGCCUUGGUGUGGAUGAGAAAGUAUUUCACAUUGUAUGAACAAAAGAAUAUAAGGACAAGCUGCACAAAUACAAGUACUUCACAUAGUAUGAGCAGUAGCAAUAUCAUGGGCUCACCGGCUCUAGGGAAAAGAAAAAUUGAUGCCGAGUUUGCUUAGUACAAGUCUAAAGUGAUGCUUUCACAGUCCCAAAAAUCUGAGAUUGAUGUCUACUUGGAAGAAGAGCCUGAAAAUAAUAUAGAAGAUUUUGAUGUUCUAUCUUGGUGGAGAAGCAAAGCUGCAAAGUUUCCGGUUCUUUCAGCUAUGGCUCGAGACUUCCUUGCAAUUCCUCUUAGCACGGUGUCAUCCGAAUCUGCUUUCAGUUUAGGGGGAAGGAUUCUUGGAGAUCAUAGAAGCUCACUAACUCCGGAAAUGCUUGAGGCCCUUGUCUGCGCGAAAGAUUGGCUAUAUAAGACCAAAGAUUCUGAAUUCUGUUCUGAUGGUGAAGGUAUGGCAUCGAUGCAUCUGUUUUUAUAACUCCCUAUUGUCACUACAAUUUAGAUUUAGAGUUGUUGGUUACCUGCUUAUUUUUUUGCCUAAUCAAUGUUUAUUGUUUUAUUGUUUGCGAGUUCUGAGCAAGAGUAAAAGUAUCGAUUUGUGCACUAAGAUGCGCUAGGUACAGCGUCCUGCUCUUCUUCUCCUAUGGAUCGAUUUGUUCCCUUCUUCAUAAGUAGUCAGUAAAGCGGCAAAGCGCACCUUUGCCCGUUUGAGUUCUCUUUGGACUACAAAUAUGACAAAAUCAGUACCAAAAAAUAAAAAUUGCGACAACAUGUAGUCUGAACUGAAGAAUUGGUAGUGUUAUCCUUUUCAUCAUCAGAUAUUUAUAUCUACUCUAUGUGAAAUGUGAGGUCUCACUAGUAACUACAGAUCAAGGCAUGGAAAUCUGAUUAACCAUGUACUUUAGAGAGAGGUUUCAGAGUUUAGACACUCAAAUAAACUGACAAAUCCUUUUCAUCAUCCUUCUAUGUCAAUUUAAAGCUGAACUUGUUUGCUCAUUUGUCAUACAGGUACCAAAUGAUCUGUUGGAGUAGCGCAAGGUUGUUGUCCAGGCAGCACCGGAGGAAAUGGACCUACAAUAUGUCAACUUAUUUCAUUUGUACUGCUGUUGAAAUCAACUUGUCGGUUUAUUUCAGUAUUAUGUGAACUUCAUAUGUACUUAAUGGAACUAGUCUUUGUCAGUUUA